GUUUCAUGGUAUAGUACUGCCUUCCCCUUUAAAUGUAUCUGAACCAGUUCAGAAGUUGUGACCCGAGGAUUAAAAUAACUUUGAUUUCUCGAGGAAAUUUGACUAAGGAGGGAAUCCUUAUCCUUUCGCAGGGUUUCCGCGUGCGUAGCAGUGUUAACUCGCAGAGACUCUUGAGGUGCUCUGCUCUGACCCGUCUGCCGGUGUACAUGCAGGAUAACCGGUUGUGGGAUGGCUUUGUUGACCUUGCACAGAGCACCGUCUAUUUGCACAACACCGGAUGAACUCAUCCCAAGACGAGGACCACUUCAGAAAAGAGAAAGUUUCGCCCUGGUUAAGGGGGCAGUGCUUCUGGUGGAAGAGAGGGAGAGAGAAGGAUUAGAUGAAGAAACCAUACCCCCUCUGCUUGGUCCAAGACAAGAAGGCCAGGCCUCCGACACGCAGCACAGACAUUUGCAUGCAAUGGUUUCAUUACUUCGACCAGAGGACACAGUUAAACUGGCUGUGCGUUUAGAGUCUGGGAGCCCAGUUAGUGUGAGAUAUUUGCUCAUAGUCGGCACCCUUAGCCAAAAGCAGGAGAGUCUUCUGCUUGGCAUGGACUUCCCUGAAUCAAACAGUGAUGAGUGCACUAUUGGCCUUGUCUUGCCCAUAUGGAGCAACACGCAGGUUUAUCUGGAUGGAGAUGGAGGUUUCAGUGUGACAUCUGCAGAAGUGACACGAAUCUUCAAGCCUGUGUCCAUUCAGACCAUGUGGUACGUGUUGCAAGCGCUGCAUGGCUGCUGUGAGCGAGCUGUAAGUGGGGCUGUCAUCCCUGGCUGUGGACUGGAGUGGGCACAACAUUAUAGACUGCAUGUGGAAUCGGACCAGCACUGCCUUAAUGAAUGGAGGGCCAUGACUGGCCUGGAGUCAGUCAGGAAGAACAAUGUAGGAAGAUCCUCAUCUAACCGGGAGUCAGUGGAGAGGGAGAUCAAAGCUCAGCUGAGAGAUAUUAUGAGGACCGAGGACCUGGAAAACAUUACCUCAAAACAGGUGCGAAUAGCUCUGGAGUCUAGAAUGGGCAUGGACAUGAAAGACUACAAGGAGAACAUUGACAAUGAGAUGAUGGUCACAAUGGCACAGAUGGACAAACCUUCAAGAAUCUUGGAUUAUCUUUACUUGGGUUCAGAAUGGAAUGCUGCCAACUUUGAAGAACUACACAAGAACAAUGUGGGCUACAUCCUGAAUGUUACCAUGGAGAUUGACAACUUUUUCCCAGAAUCCUUCACCUAUUUGAAUGUUAGAGUUUACGAUGUGGAGUCAACCGACCUGCUCUCACACUGGAAGAACACAUAUAUGUUUAUCAGUGAAGCAAGGAAAAAUGGACAAGCUGUACUGGUGCAUUGUAAGAUGGGCGUCUCUCGCUCUGCCUCCACAGUAAUGGCUUUCCUCAUGAAGCAUCAGGGCUGGACUUUAGAACAUGCGCUCAACCACGUAAGAGAACGACGGCCUAUAGUGCAGCCCAAUGAAGGUUUUCUCAAACAGCUGCAAACCUAUAGUGGCAUCCUCAGUGCCAGUAAGCAGCGCCACAGUACACUCUGGAGGAGGAAGUCCAAACCAGAAGUCCGUCAGCCAUCUGUCAACAAUGAACCAGACACAGGACAUGAACAGAAAGAGGAAGAAGAGGAACUUGAGAGCCCAGAAGAAGAAGAAAGCAGUGAAGAGGAGGAAACAGAUGUCUUUGAUGAACAAACAGAUGAGAGUUUUCCUGACUCUUCUGAGCCAGAGACAGCCACAUCCAACCCACUCAUUACUAUACAGGAAAGUGAAAAGGUGUCUUCAAGCCCUAGCCGAAGUGGAAGGAUGGAUCUGUUUUCUCUAAUGCAGUCUAUUCAGCUUGAUGAUGAGGAUAAAGAGUUACCCGUUGGUUUGAGGAAUUCCCCUGCACAGCGAAGGCGAAGUCAUGGACGGAGGGGUCUGACCUAUCAAAAAGCUCAUGUAGAUGUUUCACCUGGGCCAAGCAGCAGACAGUCACAGAUCAAAAACCAGGAUGAAGCGGGUAACUGAAGCUGUUUAGAAAUACUCCAGCUAAGAAAUAUAUUGGAGACGGAAAAAGGUGAGAAAAGGAAACACAGAUGGAGAUAUUAAAUUAUAGGACACUCUUGCGUACAGACCUUAUUCCUCUGAUUGUGUUAUUUCGAGUUCUUUGGAGAAUCGUAACAGAAUAAGAUGAGGAAAAUUGCUUUUCUAAUAUUAGGUCUACCAGCAACACAGUGCACAUGGUGACAUUUUAGUGCAAUAAGCAACAAACAUCCCACUACUUUUCCCCACACAUCCUUCUAGCCCAAAACACAUUAACUGCUCAGUUUCUGAUCAAUUGUUUGAAAAAAUAACCACAACGGCUGGUUUCUUUCUUGUCAAGUAGUUGUUGAUACAAGGAGCAGGAAUUUGUUGUUUCCAUCAGAAUGUGCCUUUAGGAAUUUCCGUAUCCUUUGCACCUUCACACUGAGCCAUAUUCAGUUUACUUCACACAUAUUUUAUUAUGGUUUUAUGAGGGAGUAGUACCUUGGCUGUGAUCUCACAUGUCAUUCUACAUGAAAGAUUUUUCUCUUAUUUAUUAUGUAUUCUUAAUAAAUAAAUGAAUAAUGCAUGUGAUUUCCCCAUCACUGGUGAUCUCCCUCAUUUUUUUAAACUAUGCAAACUUAUCUUUAUAGCUGUUCCCUCUCUGAAUGUGAAGCUUAGUGCUGCCUUUUUGGAGAUAAUGAGGAUGAAAAUGUUUUUUUUAACAACACAAUUGAGUAUUACAUGUAGUUACUAAAUAAUUAGCUACUAAUGCUUUAAUACAUCAAAAACCAUAUAUUUAAAAAACAUGAAGCUAUUUACACAACUCUUUCAAUUUGGCAGAUGUUUUGUGACAUUUAAUCUAUAUAUUUAAUCUGUACAAUAUACAGGAGAUGAAACCUGAGAAGAGUAUUUUCUUAGAAAUGUGCCACGUUGUUUUGUGAUUUACUGUGUAAGCUGUCUUUGCUGUAUCAUAUUCAUUCUGCAUGCCACACUUGUAUUGGUUCAGUGCCUUUGGGUUUAAAACCAAAAUAACUACAUUUGUUGGUUUUAAUGUUUUUGUAGUUAACAUAACACAAAUUCUACACAUAGGUGUCUUUUGCUUUAUAAGUGAUUGAUUUGUUUCCUUGUAAGCACCCACAUGAUGUCUCAUUUAAGUACCAGACAGUAUGCAUGCUCUACGUACUGUAUGUAAACCUGUCUUUGUUAAGCAUGUGUCCUGAGUAUAUACAAUACCUGCUGUAAAACACAUUUGUUGAAAUGUGUGUAUUGUUCUUGCACAAAGUGCCAUAUUUGUGAAACCAAAGUCAUGUUGUGGAAUGAUUAUAUUAAGGCAACACUGGUUUGGAGUUUUUUCCACAUGAGAACAAAUACUAAUGUGUAUUAAUAAUAGAUGAUCAAUCUACUUAGCACAGAGCUGAUUUUCCUGAUGUGCCAUGCCUUACCAGCUUCAGUAACCAUGCUAUAUUUUAUUUCAAUGUUAUUCAGAUUCCAUUGUUGGUAUCGGGUGGUGUUAAAUAUAAUAUAAAUGUCAAGGUUACUGUUUCUUUUUCUAUUUAUGACUGUUCUUAAAAUGUAUCUUUUUAAUUUGAUAUACAAGGUUGUCUGUACUAUAAACAUUAAAAAUGAAUCUAUGAGGG